AUGGAGAGCAAAACGAAAUUGUAUCAUUGUGAUGUGUGUUCUUCGGAUUGCACGAACAGAAUACGGAUCCAGUGUGCGAUAUGUGCGGAUUAUGACUUGUGUGUUCCAUGUUUUGCAUCAGGAUCGGCUACAGGUGACCACAAGCCAUGGCACGAUUACCAGGUGAUCGAGCAGAACACCUACCCAAUAUUCGAUAAGGACUGGGGUGCAGACGAGGAGUUGCUUUUGGUACAGGGGUGUGAGACGUUUGGCUUGGGUAACUGGCAGGACGUCGCUGAUCACAUCGGAAACAGAUCGAAGGAUGAGGUCAGGGACCACUACUUUGAUAUAUAUUUGAACUCGAAGGAAUAUCCGUUGCCAGAGAUGGACAAGGAUUUCAGUGAUAUCACCCCGAGCCAGUUCUUGGAACAACGGAAGGAAAGAUUGGAAUUCCGCAGGAACAUGCCUUUGCCACCUCCCAAAACCAAAACGGUGGCUUCGGUGCCAUUAUGUCACGAAAUCCAAGGGUUUAUGCCUGGUAGACUCGAGUUUGAUGUUGAGGCCGAAAAUGAUGCAGAGGUGCCCGUUAAGGAUAUGGUGUUUGAUCCUGAGGACUCUCUUGGAGAUAUCGAGGUCAAAUUAACAAUUUUAGACAUUUACAACUCGCGGUUGACUACUAGAGCAGAGCGAAAGCGUGUGCUUAUUUUAAACAACUUGUUGGAGUACCGGAAAAAUAUUGGUAUUGAUAAACGGAAGUCGAAAGAGGAAAAAGAUCUCUUAAAGAAAAUCAAUGCAUUCAUCAGAAUUCUCACUCCUGAAGAUUUCAAUGAGUUUAGUAGAGAUAUUCUCACAGAACUUAAGUGCCGUAUCAGAAUACUGCAGUUGCAACACUGGAGGCGUAACGGUAUCACCACUAUUGAGGAUGGUGGUAAGUUCGAAAAGGACAAGUUGAUCAGAAUGGCACAUUAUCAACGUAUGGGCAAUGGUUCCGGUUUGAAUGGGAGAAACUCAGGAGCAAUGGGCGGCCACACCCCAAUCCCUUCCAAUGGGCGCAAGAACCACUCGUUGGCUAACUCCCCACAGCCAGAAUUCAAGCCAAAAGUUGGUAAUACAAGAGCCCCGUUGGAUAUUUCACAUGCUGCGGAUUUCGAUUUGCUUUCAAACGAAGAAAAGCAAUUGUGUGCUACUUUGAGGAUCCUUCCAAAACCUUAUCUUGCAAUUAAGAAUCAAUUAAUGAAGGAAGCAGUUAAGAACAACGGUAUUCUUAAGAAAAAGGAUGCUAGACAAUCAUUGAAAAUUGAUGUCAACAAGGCAUCUAAGAUCUAUGAGUUCUUCGUGCAAAUGGGUUGGUGUUCUCAGGGGUAA